AUGCUUGUGAUGAUGGCCUUUGACCGCUAUGUCGCUAUCUGCCGGCCCCUGCACUACACCGUCAUCAUGAACCAUCCGCUGUGCUGGAAGCUGGUGCUCACGGCCUGGCUGUGCCGCCUGCUGGAAUCUGUGACCCAAACGCCCAUCACAUUCCAGCUGCCCUUCUGCGCCCACCACCGCCUGGAUGACUUCCUGUGUCAGGUGCCUGCCCUCAUAUGCCUGGCAUGCACAGACACCUCAGCCAGUGGGUUGCAGAUGACCAUCUCUGCUCUCCUCUUCACCAUGGUGCCAGUGGGGUUGAUCCUGACUUCCUAUGGCUUCAUAGCUCAAGCCCUGGGGAAAAUACAGUCUAAGGAGGGAAGGCAGAAGGCAAUCACCACCUGCUCCUCCCACCUCACUGUGGUCUUCAUUUUAUAUGGGAUGGUGGCCAUGGUGUACAUGGAUCCUGAGAACCAAUUUGGUUCAAAACACGGCAAGUAUGUCACCUUCUUCUUCACCAUGGUUACACUACUGCUGAAACCCCUCAUCUACACCCUGUGGAACAAAGAGGUUAAGGGAACCCUGCAAAGACUCCUGAGGAAGGGGGGCAGCAUGAGGGGAAAGAGGAAUGUGAUAUUUUGA